UCUGCCAGUGAGUUCUUGACAGUUCUGUCUUAACGAUUCUGAUAUUAAUGAAACAUCUAUUUUGUAAAGAGCUGCAGUGUCUUCCUGAAUUGUCAAUAUAUUAAUGAAGCAUGCAGUCCUGCAUUGAACAAGACAAGCUGGGACAAGCCUUUGAAGAUGCUUUCGAGGUACUGAGGCAGCAUUCAACGGGAGAUCUUCAGUACUCCCCAGAUUACAAAAAUUACCUGGCUUUCAUCAACCACUGCUCUCAAGUCAGAGGAAAUUCCACCUGCUAUGGUAUGCUGCCUACAGAGGAACCUGUCUAUAAUUGGAGAACAGUAAUAAACAGUGCUGCGGACCUCUAUUUUGAAGGAAAUACUCAUCCAUCUCUGCCAAACAUCCCUGAAAAUCAGGUGGUACAACCUGCUGUUCUCCAUCAAAAGGGAGGAAAAGGCAGGAAGAAGCUCCGACUGUUUGAAUACCUUCAUGAAUCCCUGUGUAAUCCUGAGAUGGCAUCUUGUAUUCAGUGGGUAGAUAAAACCAAAGGCAUCUUCCAGUUUGUGUCAAAAAACAAAGAAAAACUUGCCCAACUUUGGGGGAAAAGAAAAGGCAAUCGGAAGACCAUGACUUACCAGAAAAUGGCCAGAGCACUGAGGAAUUAUGGAAGAACUGGGGAAGUCACUAAAAUCCGGAGGAAGCUAACUUACCAGUUCAGUGAAGCCAUUCUCCAAAGACUCUCUCCAUCUUAUUUCUGAAAAGAGUUCUUCUACUCACCGUAUGUUCAACCUGAGCAAGGCUUUCUCAGCUUCAGUAACUGGAAUGCAAAUUAUAAUUGUCCAUACGCUGAUUACCAUGAGCUAAGUCACCCUGAUUGCUAAAUAUUCUCCUAUAUUUCAUGAUUUCCUGACAUCAGAAAUCUGUACCAGUUUCAGGAUUUUUCUCUUAAAUACUGGAGAGGGAAAAACAAUUAACGUCAUUGUCUCUAAUCUUUUACUAAAUGGUUUAUAAUUAUACAUAGUUGGUGAAAAAAAUCUGCCAGUGAACAACUUUUAAAUGAUCCAGCCCCAUUUGAAAAUAUAAACUAAAUGUCCUCGCUCUUACUGUUUAUGCAAUACUUCUAGGUAAACAAUGCUAGUAGAGAUGAUUUGAUCUAUAUAGAUUUAAAUGUUUUCCUGUCAUACACUCAGGCAAAAAAAAAAAAUCAGUCUAAUGUAUUAUCUGAUUGCUUUAGCAACAGUAAAAUAAUUGCACAUGAUAGUCUUCAUGCUAAAGUACAUUCAUGACUUUCAAAACUUUAUUUUCACUGCACUUCAGACUUCAUGGUCUGCAACCCUGUGGCGCUAAAAAAAUGAUCUAAGGAAAAUGCCACCUACCUUAAUGAUAGAACUCCAAAGCUUAUACUUCCCACACAUCAUUUCCUGGCAUCUCUGCCCUGGGGUAGAUCCAGAAGCUAAGAUUUCUUGCUAUCCUGUCACUCAGCCACAAGAAGGUGCUCUUGCCUUGUUCUCUCUGGCCUAACUUCGGAAAACUGGACUUCUCCUCCCCUUAAACUAGCCCAGCUAAGAUCAGGCUGGGAAAGUUGGAGAAAAAAAUAAAGGAUAGAGACUAGCAGAUAAAUACAGGGAGGAAAUGGGACUUGAAAGCUAUGGUUUAUUCUGAGCAUUCCAUUAGGAAUGAAGAAAGAAACCCUGUUUCUUAACUUCCUGCUUGGCAGGUUGAUUUGUAUCCCAUCUGUAUUACCAUGAUGCAGGAGAGCUUCCUAGACCAUAUGGGCCAUCUUCAGUCCAGGCCAAGAGCUUCCUGGAGCCUACCUAAUUUAAUUUGUUACCAUUGCCCUUUUUCUUUGUGUCUUUCAGGGAUUUUUUAAAAAUGGCAGACUAAAUGAAGGUAAUGAUAUUGGCUAUCUGCACACGUAGUCUGGCCUUCUGGAAUAAACUGAAUGUUUGCAUCUUCCCCAAAAUAUGUUGAAACCUAAUCCUUAGUGUGAUGAUAUUUGGAGGCAGGCUGUUUGGAAGGAAGAGCUCUCACGAGUGGGCGUAGUGCCUUGUAGAAGAGGCCGGGAGAGCUUCCUCACCCCUUCUGCCUUGCGAGGACACAUGACGGCCUCCUAUGAACCAGGAAGCAGGCUCUUACAGACACUGAAUGUGCUGGCGCCCUGAUCUUGGACUUCCCAGCUUCUUGAACUGUAAGAAAUUUCUGGUUAUAAGACACCCAGUUUACGGUAUUCUGUUACAGCAGCCCAGAGGAACUGAGACCGUUCCAAUCGUGCUAACCUUAAAAAGUAGGACCUAGCAUUUAUGUUCAUUCUCUGCAAAGAAAUAC